AUGGCUUCUUCUUCGUCUCACAUCAAGAGAUACCACGUCUUUCUGAGUUUCCACGGCCGAGACGUCCGUAUAAAAUUUCUCAGUCACUUGCAAAAUCAUUUUGCAAGCAAAGAUGAACUGGUCGAAAUCUUCAAAUGCAAAGAAGAUCAAGACCAGGUUGUCAUGACAGUUUUCUACGGCGUAAAUCCUUCCGAUGUACGGAAACAGAUAGGAGAUUUCGGACUCUCUUUCAAAAAAACAUGUGAAAAGAAAACAGAGGAAGUGAAGCUGAGAUGGAGCCAAGCUUUGACUGAUGUUGCAAACAUUGAAGGAGAACAUUCCCUCAAUUGGGCUAACGAAGCAGAUAUGAUCCAAAAGAUUGCUACAGAUGUUUCAAAGAAACUGAAUGUUACACUGUCAAGGGAUUUUGACGACAUGGUGGGACUGCAAGUUCACUUGAGAAAAGUGAACUCUUUGUUAUGCCUAGACUGCGAUGAUGUGAAGAUGAUUGGGAUUUGGGGUCCUGCGGGAAUCGGUAAGACUACCAUUGCUAGAGCUUUAUUCAACCAACUUGAUAGCGAGUUUGGACUUAAAUGUUUCAUGGGGAACCUUAGAGGAGGGAGUUGUAGGAGCAAUAUGGGUGUUGAUGACUAUGAUUCCAAGUUGUGUUUGCAAAACCAACUUCUGUCUAAGAUUUUGAACCAAAAGGAUAUGAGGAUACAUAAUUUAGGCGCCAUAAAAGAGUGGCUACAGAAUCAAAGAGUGCUUAUCAUUCUUGAUGAUGUAGAUGAUGUAGAGCAAUUAGAAACUUUGGCUAAAGAACCUUCUUGGUUUGGUCCUGGAAGUAGAAUUAUCAUAACCACAAAAGAUCAAAAGGUUUUAAAGGCACAUAGGAUUACCCAUAUCUACCAUGUGGAUUUUCCAUCUGGAAAAGAAGCUCUUGAGAUGUUAUGUUUAUCUGCAUUCAAACAAAGUUCUGUGCCAUAUGGUUUUGAAGAGCUUGCAAAUAAAGUGGCAAAGCUUUGCGGUUAUCUUCCAUUAGGCCUUUCUGUUGUGGGUAAAUCUCUGCGUGAGGAUAGCAAGCACGAGUGGGAACUUCAGUUAUCAAGGCUCGUAUCUAGUCUUGAUAGAAAAAUCGAGGACGUGUUGAGAGUGGGGUAUGACAGAUUGUCGAGAAAAGAUCAAGCUGUGUUUCUCCACAUUGCGUGUAUAUUCAACAACAAGAAUGUUGAUGAUGUGACAAGCAUGCUCGCUCACAGUAACUUGGAUGUCGAAAACGGGCUGAAGAACCUAGCUGUCAAAUCUCUCGUGCAAAUCGAAAACUGGGGGAUGCAUAAUGGAACAAUUGUUGUCCCUUUUCAAAAGAUAGUGAUGCACUCUUUACUAGAACAAAUGGGGAGACAAAUAGUGCAUGAACAGAAAGAUGAGCCUGGGAAACGUCAGUUUUUAGUAGAGGCUGGAGAGGUCUGUGAUGUCCUAGCAAAGGAAACAGGCACAGGAUCGAUCAUAGGUAUAUCAUUUGAUACGUCCAAUAUGAGCGACUUUUUUAUAAGUGGGAGAGCCUUUGAAGGAAUCCGUAAUCUCCAGUUCUUAAGAUUCUCUGUCCAUAAUUGGAAUUUUUUUAGAAAGGAUGUUCCAUUGAGAAUAUCAGGGGACAUGGAAUAUCUACCUCCUCCCAAGUUACUGCAUUGGGAUCUAUAUCCGAGAACACGUCUUUCUCCAACAUUUCAACCGGAAUGUCUCAUCGAGCUUUCUAUGCGACACAGCAAUCUCCAAAAGCUCUGGGGAGGAAUCAAGCCCCUUCCAAAUCUCAAGACGAUAAAUCUAGGGUUUUGUAAAAAGUUGAAAGAAAUCCCAAAUCUUUCGGAGGCUAUUAAUCUCGAGACAUUGAGUCUGGAGGGAUGCAUAAGUUUGGUUGAGCUUCCCUCUUCUAUAAGAAAUCUACACAAACUGGAAAAGUUGUCCAUGUGGGGCUGCGAAUAUCUACGAGUUAUCCCCACAAGCAUCAAUUUAGCAUCUCUUAAGAGAGUCGACAUGAGAAGUUGCUCACGAUUGAGAACUCUCCCAUAUAUUUCUAGUAACAUCAAUCAUCUUGAUGUAAGAGACACAAAGAUAAAAGAUGUUCCUGCAUCCGUUGCUGGACGUUGGUCGUUGUACGUGGCUUGA